UUGGGUCCUCUCCGAGCCGUUGUGAUGACGGCCGCGGCCGCGAUCCGAGCGGUUCGCUCCCGUCAGCCGAGCUAACCGCUAAUCGAGCGGCCGCUCGCCAACACGCUCCGGCGACAGCGACUUCGCGGGACAUUGAAAACUCGUCGCACGUUAUGUAAUCGUCGUGACGCCGGGGCCCUGCAUCCCGUCCAUCAUGUCCGUAUUCAGGUGGAGUUUCUCAACGUAUCGCUCAGGAUCAAGGUCAUCACCUUCCCGUGGAGAGGUCAGGGGGCCAGGUGCCGGUGUAAACGGACUUCCGUCCUCUCUGGCAGUGAAAUCUUGAGGGUGUGUGUGUAGUCAAGAGGGUCAGACUUAUUCCACGGCCCAGAUGCUGGCUCUGCCUAGAUGCUCGCCAGCUUUGAGGUGGACUCUUUCCCUGCGCUGCUCUGGCCUGUGUCUGGGGAGCGCCACCACGGGCGGCCAGUCCUCCAUCACAGCCAGGCCCCGGUUUUUAAGAACCCACGGCGCUUUGUUCCACCAAAGUAGCGCCAAAGCCAGUCCUGACCCAGACAAGCCCACUUCAGUGUUCUCCUCCGUGUCCGGGCUGGAGGGGGAGCUGUUCGGGAUGGGGAUGUGGUCGCUGGGUCUGGGUGCUGUCGGAGCUGCCCUAGCCGGGAUCUUCCUGGCCAACACCAAUCUGUGUCUACCCAAAGUUGCCAUGGCGUCGCUGGAGUCCCUGGAAGAUGCUGACCUGCGCUCCACCACGGAUGAUGACAAGGUCAUCAAGGCGAAGAGCCUGUGGGAGACGAACGGGGCCGUGGUCAUGGCCGUGCGGCGGCCUGGAUGAUUUUUGUGCAGAGAGGAGGCCUCUGAGCUGUCCUCUCUGAAGCCCCAGCUGGAAGAGCUCGGGGUCCCUCUGGUCGCCGUGAUCAAGGAGAACGUCGGCACAGAGAUCGAGGACUUCAGACCGCACUUCGCUGGGGACAUCUACGUGGAUGAACAGAAACUCUUCUACGGUCCGCUGCAGAGGAAGAUGGGGGGUCUCGGGUUCAUUCGCCUCGGAGUGUGGCAGAACUUCGUGCGGGCCUGGAGGUCCGGUUACCAGGGCAACAUGAACGGCGAGGGCUUCAUCCUGGGGGGAGUGUUUGUCAUCGGGUCAGGGGACCAGGGGAUUCUCCUGGAACACCGCGAGAAGGAGUUUGGCAACAAGGUGGAUCCUGCGGAUGUUUUGGAGGCCGUCAAGAAAAUUGUUCCAGUGAAAUAAGUGAUUUAGGUAAUUACACAAAAGAGUAGGCAUGCUGUAUUUGGACUAGAAUUGAGUAAUAAUUAGAAUGUUUUAAUUUGACAUGCAUACAAUGACUGAGGUCCUGAUGUUAUGACAUUUAUGUAUGUUUGCGUUGUCUAACAUUAAUUUACUGUAGUUUACAACAACAGCUGUGAAAUGCAGGACAGAGCCAAUGAUUUAACUUUAUUUGUCUCACAGUAUUCCUGUUUACCUCUACACAUACACUCCUAGAAGCUAAUCUCUUUGAAACGGGUAUUAAGAACAGGUAGUAAGGGACUUAAUGGGAGCAUUUUCAUUCAGGUACAUCGGCCAUUAAAUUUAAUUUCACUUGAAAUCUUCCAUCUGGACAUAAUUCGGUGCUUUAUUCACACGAUAAAUAAUUGUAUUAGCAUCUUUCAGUGGAACAUUUGUUGAAUGUCCCCAUGUGUUUUGUUUGCUUCUCCUGCUCAGGUGCAUAAAUGGGCCUCAAACGCGGCGAACUUGUGUGUGUGUGUGUGUGUGUGUGUUAUAAUGACAACCUGACUCUAAACUCAACGUUGAGAGGAGCAGGUUUGAUGCUCAAAACGCACAGAACAGCUCAGCUACUGUCGCCACGAGGAGCGUUUGUGCUGCCUGAAGCCGGUGUUGCUUUUAUAUGUGCACAUGUAUGUGUUUUUUCAGACAGAUAUAGAUUGUGUGUGAAGCAGAAAAUGAAAACAAUAAAUAAGAACCUCAUCACCAUA